AUGGAGGUGAGGACCGUGUCCCCAUCUCCUGCCUCACCCACUGAAGGAGAUGAUGUGUGUGAGACAGAUGUCACUAACGUGGCCAUGCACAGUGUGACACUGCUCAUCUGCCUCUGUGGGCUUGCUGGGAACGGAGCUCUUCUCUGCUGCAUCAGCCUGAAAAUUGGAAACCAUAUCAUCUUUCAGCUGGCUGUCGUCGACUUCCUCUUACUUCUCUUCACAGUCCCCUCUGCCAUUCUCUUCCUCGUGGAGGACAUAUCCUGCUCUCCUAUCGUGCCCUUGAUGUACGAGAGUUUCCUUUUCCAGCUGUCAGUGGUUUCCUACUACUGGGCGCUGUUAUGGCUGAUGCCCACCAGACCUGUGGUGUAUAUGGAAAAGCUCUGGAAGCUGUGCUGCCACUGUGACUUUCCCCUGCGCCUGUGGGUGAUGUUGGGCACUGUCCAAUACUGGGCCAUCUUUGCUCUCUUUGCCAUCAUUCCCACGGUGACAUUUGUGUGCCCUUCACAAGAGCAGGAGCACUGCCGGGCAGCUCUCAUCUCCAUGUAUGCCAUCAUCCUGCUCCUCUUUGUUGCACCCGUGGUCAUUUCCAGCACAAUCGAUUUCAUUAAGGCCAAGUGGAGCUCUCAGCAGCAGCAGCCCAAGAGGCGUGACAUGGUUGUCGUCAUCACUGUGCUCUUCACUCUCUUCCUUAUCCUCUGCACUUUCCUGAUGCAGCUUGGUUACAUCAAUGUGUCCCCCCAGGUGUUUCUCCUGCUUACCUGCAUCCUCAGCAGCAUCAAACCCUUCAUCUACUUCUUGGUGUGGAGGUGCUGGAGGCCCUGCUCUGUGGGCAGCCUCUGGCUCUCCCCCCAGAGGGCCUCUGAGGAGCCGGAAGAAAAUACUGUCAACAGAAAUGAUCCCACCACAGACACAGAUGUCUGA